GUACAUUGGCCCACUGUCGAUGAAUGGAAUGCUCUACGAGGAAAUUGGCAAGUAUUCCCUAAUGCUGUUGGCUAUCUUGACGGAACACCACACGAGAUAUAUCGACCCCAAGUGGAGCCCCAAAGGGAAUUCUACAAUGGCCAUCGCCAUUAUCACCUUAUGAACACACAACUGAUCGUCGAUAACUUAGGCAAUAUUGUAUUUCUUCAUGCUGGUUUCCUUGGAGCACAAAAUGAUGCUAUCAAUUUUCUUUUUAUGGAACGAAUCGGACCUGGAACUAAUUUCGACAUGCCCCCAAACGCAUACCUUUUGGCAGACAAGGGGGAUACGCCGACGUACAUCCAUUACUCGCACCUUUUCGUGCCGUCCAGAUUCGACGUAUGGCGAUGCACUACCAAAGACGCGCACGACGUUUUAACC